AUGAGGCCACGAAUCCUACACUUGCUCGUCCUCUGCACCCUUCUCUGUCUGGCCUUUGCCUGGUCCAAGGAGGAUUAUGAGAUAUUCAAACUCAAAGAUGAGGUGGAUGCCUCCGAGGGACCAGAUGUCGACUUUUAUGACUUUCUUGGUGUCAAGCCCUCCUCAACCGUAGAAGAAAUUAGCAAAGCUUUCCGCAAGCGAUCCCGCGCUCUUCAUCCCGACAAAGUCAAGCACUCUUUCGUUGCCUCCCGUUCCACCUCCAAGCCUGCCUCGAAACCUGGUUCCAAGAAGAAGCCAGGUGUUCACGUAUCCAAGGGUCCCUCCGAUCGAGAACUUCAGAAAUUCCUCAAGCAAGCCACCGAAAGGUAUGGCCGACUAGGAGUCGUUGCAAACAUCCUCAAAACUCCAGACACUCGAGAAAGAUAUGAUUUCUUCUUACAACAUGGCUUUCCCACCUGGCGUGGGACGGGUUAUUACUACUCGAGGUAUAGACCUGGUAUCGGUACUGUCCUGACUGGACUCUUCUUGGUUGUUGGUGGUGCUGCCCACUACUUUGCCUUGAUCACCAGUUACAAGAGACAACGAGAGUUCAUGGAAAGAUAUAUCAAACACGCCCGAAAGACAGCUUGGGGGGACGAGUCCGGAAUUCGCGGCCUGGCCAAUAUUGGUCAACCUAUCGCGGUGCCUUCAACUCCAAAUGAUUCGGAAGCUGAUGCCGAUCCAAUGGCCAAUCUCAAUCGACGACAGAAAAGAGAAAUGGAGAGACAGAACAAGAAGGAUAAAUCAAACAAGAGCAAACCAGCCAAGGUUGCUCCCGUGCAAGUCUCAUCGUCUUCGGGAGAAAAGCGGCGUGUAACUGCAGAGAACGGCAAGAUUUUGGUGGUGGAUUCGCAGGGCAAUGUGUUCCUUGAGGAGCAGGAUGAAGACGGGGAGACCCAGGAAUAUCUUCUUGAUCUGGAUGAAAUUCCUAAACCCACCAUCCGCGAUACAGCAGUCAUUCGUCUUCCCAUCUGGCUCUUCCGCAAAGCCUUCGAUCCCUUCCUCAAAAACACCAAACCUGUGCCAACUGAAGAACCCACCGAGUCGGAAGAGUCAGAACCAGUCAGAGGGACGCCCGAGCUUGUUGUGCCUGGUAAAUCCACUCCGCCUGUUGUGUCGGAUCUCAGUGCGAGUCAGAUAUCGGAUUCGGGAUUUGAGAUUGUCGACUCUACUGGCAUCGAACAAGAAGUCAACAAUGCUCCCACCGUCAAGAAAAGAGGCAAGAAGGGCAAGAAAUGA